AUGAAAGAUAAAAGCGAAAACUGCGAAGAGUAUGAAGAACAAAGUUCGGAGAAAUCAAUUGUUCCGCUGCGGCGAUACCAGAUUGUAGUUCUGUGCUUAUGUUGCUACAUCAACUUUAUCUCAAACAUGUCCUUCACGAUUCUAGCGUCGUUUUUCGACGACAACGCGACCAAACACGGCCUGACAAAGACAGAAGUCGGCUUUAUUGUCGCCAUCUACGCGGGAAUAGCUACGGUCGGCUGUCCAAUCUUCGGAAUUUUUCUUGCGCAAAUUGGCAAAAAGUUCACGCUCAUAGCAGGGCUGACAUGCGCCGCCGUUUGCGCGGGGUUAUUCGCUUUUCUUGACGAUAUCGAGGAUCCGUCCACCUAUCUUUGGAUUGGUAUUCUUCUACGCGGCGUCCAAGCAGUUGGGGUUUCGGCAUACUUCACCGCCACUUAUGCUUUACUUGUCGAAGAGUGGCGCGGUUCUCGACUCUCACUCGCACUUGGCGUUUAUGAGGCCUUCACUGGUCUGGGCAUGAUUUUGGGGCCUAUUACAGGCUCUAUUUUGUACAGUGUUGGCGGAUAUCGGCUGCCUUUUUUGGUCGUCUGUGGAAUGCUCCUUCUCGCAGCAAUAAUCAACCUAGCCGCACUGGAAAACAAAGACGUUUUUGGACAAAUUGGAGCCGACGAAGACGAAGCACUCCUUGGCAACGAAACGAUUUCGACCAAAGAUGGAAUAAAGACACUUCUCUCCAGCGGACUUUUUCUCAUUCCAAAUCUCUUGAUGAUUCCCGUCUGGUCUUGCAUGGAUUUCGCCAUUCCCUUCGUGGGCACUUAUUUAGAAGAGUGCGAGCCUGGAACGACUAAGAUCCAAGUGGGUUUGCUCUUUGUGGUCUUUGCAGUUGCGUACAUGCUCACUUCGCCACUUUGGGGAUUCUUGUGCGGCCAAUUUCCCGUCUCCCGCUCCCUCAUGUUCUGGGGUUCCUUUCUCGCUGCCUUGAGCUACUUUUUUCUCGGCCCAAGCCCGUGGCUUCAGAACAUUGGUCUGUACUACUCCUGCUCCUUCACGAGAAUAGCGCUUGUAAUGGCCGUUCUUGGCCUCAGUUUGGCCGCGGCUAUCAUUCCAAGCUGUAACGAAAUGGUCGAAGUCGCGCGAGCAGAAGGAGUAGAAGAACAAACUUCUGAUUUUAUCGGAGGGCUGAUAAAUUCGCUCAUUUUUCUCGGUGAAUUUGUCGGACCAACUUUCGGUGGCUAUAUGCUCGACUAUGCUCACGGAGACUUUCCCGUUGGCUGCUCUUUUUUCUCGAUCGUUUGCAUGGUCAUCGUUUUUCUCUGUGGAGUUUGGUGGAUCGGACUUUUGAUGAAGCGAAAAUGGAAGCAGAAGAAAGAAUCCGCUGCCGAAAGAGAUAUCAGAAAUAUCAGAAAUACUGAAGAACGAUACAGUAGAAGAAUACGAAGACGGAUCCACUCACAACAUUAUCAAAUUUCGACCGGGCCCAAAUCCUUGACAGAAUCUCUUGGAAGCUCUCUUCGGAUCCCCAUGCAUUGUCACGAGCCAAGGACCUCAGAACAAGUGUCGAGUGACGAGUUCCCGAUUUGA